AUGCCCUUCAACACCGAGCUCACGCGCCGCCUAGGCAUCCGCGUCCCCGUCGUCCAGGGCGGCAUGAUGCACAUCGGCACCGCAGACCUCGCCGCGGCCGUCUCCAACGCCGGCGGCCUGGGCAUCAUCACGGCCCUCAUCUUCCCCAGCCCCGACGCCCUCCGCGCCGAGAUCCAGCGUUGCCGCUCCCUGACCAAGAACCCCUUCGCCGUCAACCUGACGCUGCUGCCGUCGAUGCUGCCGCCUGACUACCCGGCCUACGCGCAGGCCAUCAUCGACGAGGGUAUUAAGAUUGUCGAGACGGCGGGCAACUCGCCGGGGCCCGUCAUCCGCCAGCUGAAGGCCGCCGGCGUCAUUAUCUUACACAAGUGCACCACCAUCCGCCACGCCCAGAGCGCCGUCAAGCUGGGCGUCGACUUUUUGAGCAUCGACGGCUUCGAGUGCGCGGGCCACGUCGGCGAGAGCGACAUUACAAACUUCAUCCUGUUGAGCCGCGCGCGGCAGACGCUCAAGACGCCCUUCAUCGCCUCGGGAGGAUUUGCCGAUGGCCAGGGCCUGGCUGCGGCGCUGGUAUUGGGAGCUUGUGGCGUGAAUAUGGGCACGCGCUUCAUGUGCACCGUCGAGGCGCCGAUUCACCAGAACAUCAAAGAUGCGAUUGUCAAGGCGCAGGAGACGGACACAACGCUGCUGCUGAGGCGGUGGACCAACACGACGAGACUGUUCAAGAACAAGGUUGCGCUGGACGCGCUCAAGAUUGAAAAGGAGAGCACGAAGGGCGAGUUUGCGGAGGUGGCGCCGUAUGUGAGCGGGAAGAGGGGCAAGGAGGUGUUUGUCAAUGGCGAUCCAGAAUUUGGCGUCUGGACGACGGGCCAGGUCAUUGGCUUGAUUCACGAUAUUCCCACGUGCGGUGCGCUGGUGGCGCGUAUUGAGAAGGAGGCUGAGAGUUCGUUGCGGGAGAAGCUGGCUUUGAUUGUGCCCGAUUCGAAGCUAUAG